AUGGUCACUGCAGCCAAAGAAGCACCCAGAGUAACAGGACCAGUCAGAGGGGGUGAGGAGGGCCGGGUGGACCCAGCCCCAGGAGCCUCGCCGGAGAGCCUAGGGACCAGGGGCAGCCUCUACCGGAGGACCAUGGGGCCGGUCACCUUCCCCACCACCAGUGAGAGGCUGAAGAGGGCCACACGCAAGAGCACCAUGCUGAGGGGACCCAUUAACAAGAGGAGAGGUUGCUGGUCAGGCGGUGUCCAAUCACCUCAGAGUGACGACAACACUUGCAGGGGGAGGAGGAUCCGAAACAAACAGCCCAAGGGCCGUGCAGUGAGCCGUCUACUAGAGAGCAUGGCGGCGGACGAGGGCUUUCAGAUGGACGAGGAUGAUAGCAGCUUCUCCCAGGGGGAUGAGGACAGUAACCCGUCAUACCCUCACAACCCCAGGAGUCCACUAGGUGAGGAGGGAACACUGUCACUCACAGUUUUGUGUUACUAUCCUU